AAAACUGCGUCUAUGACCUCACUGCUUGUUGAGGACCUCGGAGAGCCUCUCCCUCAACACUGGAAGUGCUACAUGUCACCACAAGGGCGGCACUACUAUGUCAACACAGCCAGCAACGGUAAGGACAGAAAUAGAGGCUGAUAUACAUGUAUUGCCUAAGAUAAGUUGAUUCAUAUGAAUCUAGAGAUGUUGAAAGUCGGUAUGAGUGAAACUCAAUGGCAAUGAGACAUUCAAUGUAGCACUGCUACAUAACAAUGUCCUCAGAGCACUAGCUGACUGCUGAGGUGUCUGACUGGUACUGCUGGGUGUUGAGGCACAUUAAAGACUUGGGGAAGAUAUCUCCUCUUCUCUCUCCUCUUCACACCAUUGUUUCUGUCCACACAAUUAGCUGUCUGUCUCUCUCCCCAGCACCACCACUCAAACACACACACAGGGACAGAGACACACAGAAACUGAGAAAGCAACACGGUGUGCUUUCCUCUGUUUAGAACAGGACAUGGACUGGCACAGUAUUGAUUUACUAACCUUAAAUGAACUCCGGAGGAAACGUGAAGUGUUGACAUGAUGGUGUGAAAUGGAAUGGAAGACCUCCUGGGGGAUGUUAUUAUGCAUGCUGUGGGCAUCAUGGCAACUCUCAGAGAGAGGGGGGAGGGAGAAUAGAUUAAUGAGGUUAUGAGUUUACAGAUGCUGGUUAUAUUUUGAGGAGAAGUAAGAUUGGCAGCGUAGCACUGGGAGGUUGUAGACGAUAGAAGAUGUAGACAUACUGUAUUUUUGUCAUGACACCACUCACUUGAGUGAGUAAAGCCAUUCAGUGCCUUAACAAGUUAAUGUGUUGUGAAUGAUAGUAGCUAUAAUUAAGACCAAAGGCAUUCCCUGUGUGCAUGUCUUGGAUCAAUGUUUCUCUAUUUUACUGUGUGUGUGUGUGUGUGUGUGUGUGUGUGUGUGUGUGUGUGUGUGUGUGUGUGUGUGUGUGUGUGUGUGUGUGUGUGUGUGUGUGUGUGUGUGUGUGUGUGUGUGUGUGUGUGUGUGUGUGUGUGUGUGUGUGUGUGUGUGUGUGUGUGUGGAGUAGGACACAUGAUCGCAGGGGUCUGCACUUGGCAAUGAGAAAACAUCUAAAAUUAGGCAAACCAGAAACACGACCAGAAUAACAAGUUGCUCCUUUAGCUCCUUCCUCUCUCUCCUUUUAGAUGAAGGUCUCUUUGGUUAAUGGGAAAGAGAAAAGACAAACCAAACUAGAGGACAGUCAUGUUUGGCUACACCCUCUUCUGAAGGAUUGUCUACCACACAGCCAAAAGCAUGGCAAAACCCCUUCACUUUCAGUUGUUAUUUCCCUUACAUACUCAUUUCAUCCCUGAGUUGAUUCCACUGAUCUGUUGUGUGUUUUUCUAUCUGGAGAAUAACCAUAUCUUCAGUAGAUAAUCAUCUCUCUGACUCCACAGGGUUGCAGAGAGAUGAGAGGAGGGUGAUAUGAUCCCAUGACACUCUUUUGUUCUUGAUGUUGGAUUCGUUUUAUUUGCUGUCAGAUUUCCUUGGAGGGAAAUGCUUAAUCUUUCAUUACUUUGCACAAAAAUACACACAGCUGUAACAGUCAUCCCAGCUGAAAAAUGUAAAUGGUUAUUGUAGUUGUGGUAUUGCGAAAUCGGCCUCUGAGGGGCAUAGACAAUCACCAGUCCUUAUUUUAUGUUCUUUCCUCAAGUAAUUGGAAAUUUAAGCACAAUAAAUGCACAGUCCACACACACACACACACACAGUUUACCAGCAGAGCCACUGUAACUAGGUCUUUUCCAAACAGUCUCCAACUAUCUAAUAACAUUUCGCUGAACCAAUCUGUUAUUUAUAGGAUAUCAGCUAUUUCAACCAGGCCUCCCUAUCUCUAAGUUAAAGUUCAGAUAGAUUAGAUAAUGUUCUCUCUGAGUGAGUGUGUGUGUGCUAUGUGUGUGCGCACGACACGUAAAUGCAUGUGCGGCCGUGUGCGUUAUGUUUCUGCGUUGCUAUAGUAACCAGAGGACCAUCAUGCGUGGGUGAGCUAGCGAUGUAACGGUUCCUGAGUUACAGCUCAUUUCUUAGAGGUUUCCUUCUUAGAGACCCACAGCCUGCCGUCACCCAACAGACACUGUUAGACAUUUUAUAGAUGCCUAGACUGUUUAUCGUUGUCUAUAAACGUUUCGGUAGACUCUGUAUAGGCUACAGUGACACAAUGUUUUAUGCUUAGUUCCCUCAAUAUGACUUUUUGACAGAUACCAUCCUUUGUCCUUACUUUUUUCAAUGAAUUAUUUAUUGUGAGCUGUAUUGGGCAUUUGUGAGUUACCCUCCAGGCUAUAACCAGAUAAAUGUAGUCUGUGUGUGUGUGUGUGUGUGUGUGUGUGUGUGUGUGCGCGCAUGUGUGCGUGGAGAGUGUCAGAGCGUCAGCUGGUUAUGAAUUAAAGAUGGGGAUUGUUAGACCUAACUAGGCCAUAUUACUACUAAUUAUAUUCACUCACAUUGAUAUCCCACACAACCAGCGCCGGUUCCAGGCAUAAGCGACAUAAGCGGUUGCUUAGGUCCCCCUGCUGCUAGGAGCCCCCGACACAAUUAUCAUAAUUGUUUUAGGAACUCAGUCGGGGUCGCAACUUACUAUUGAGAAUAAGAAUAGUAGAAUACAACAGGUGCAAUUUCGAAAUUUGGUUGUGAAUCAGCAGUUUUUCUCGUUAUGUCAGUCACUGACAGUCACUCAAUUAGCCAUGUCAGCUAACAAUUUUUAGAUUGGUAGUUAGUCUAGCCAGCUAUCUAAACUUGUAGUAAUCAUGGCCGAAUACUGACCGGGCAUGCAGGGCACGUGCCCAGGGGCCCUGACCUCUAUGGGGCCCCCAAUUGAUUUUGUUAGUCAUUCUCACUCAGAUAUCAUAUUAACAUGGCUUAAGUCAUUACAAAAUGUGUAGAAUUGCAGGAAAUUGAUAAAAUUGCAAUGUUUUCAAAUCAAAUCAAAGUUUGUUGGUCACGUAGACAGAUUUGCAGAUGUUCUCACAGGUGCAGCGAAAUGCUUGUGUUUCUAGCUCCAACAGUGCUGUAAUACCUAGUAAUACCCCCAUGGCAAAAUGUUUGUGUGGUGGGGGAAGGAACUCAAUAUACUUUUAAAUGACUAAAACCAAAUCAAAACUGUGUAGAAAUUAUAAUGGACCUACAUUCAUACAGUUUCUUGACUGUGUCCAGCUCGCUAAUAAUCACCGAAAUGAACGCUAGACAGUCAGGGAGCAUCGAAAAGUCAAAAAACAAUGGAUAGAAGACUAUUUUUUAAACUAAUUUUGACGGCGAGGAAAAUAAUAAAUAAAAAAUUGCGGUCCCCCGGGGCAAAAAGAGUUUGACACCCCUGUGUAAGUGUAUUCAACUCUUGUCUCAGCUAUCCUGGAAUUAUAGCUUUGUAAUGAGCUUGUUACAAAGUAAAUACGUUGGAGGAUGUGUGUAGAGCUGCAGCCUACCUCUCAUCUGAGCACACUGAUGUGAAGUAGAUAAUCACUCCAAUCUGCAUUUCCAGGUGCCAGUUGCUAAGUAACAGACCCUUUUGAUGUAAACAGAGUUACAGCUCUGUUGUAAUCCUGAUAGUAAAUAGAGAUGUUUCUUUCAUCUUUCAAUCCAUUAUCCACUGAUAUUACAUUAGUUUCCUGUUCAUUUUCUGAUUAAAAGUGUCAUGCAUAGAGGCCUACACAUAAAAUUAAGUAAUUUUUUCAAUGUAAUUGAAACAUUGAAAAAUUCAUUUCCUGUUCAUUUUCUUAUUAAAGUUGUCAUGCAACUAGGCCUGCACAUGAAAUUAACACAUUGUCAAUGUAAUUGAAACUAUAAGGUCACUUGUCACAGAGACUUGCUAUCUAAAUAGAACGUUAACCCAUAUUUAACUUCGCUCAUUGACACACUUUACAUUUACAUUUUACAUUUUAGUCAUUUAGCAGACGCUCUUAUCCAGAGCGACUUACAGAAGCAAUUAGGGUUAAGUGCCUUGCUCAAGGGCACAUCGACAGAUUUUUCACCUAGUCGGCUCGGGGAUUAGAACCAGCGACCUUUCGGUUACUGGCACAACGCUCUUACCCACUAAGCUACCUGCCUUUACUCAUGCUAAUUUCACAUGUCAAUGUCUCUUGAAGUAGCUGCAUCCGUUUGCGAUAUUACAACAACUAAGAAGUUAAUGCAAACAACAAACACUGUUUUUUCCCCCUCUGACAUCAUUGCACGUGCGAUAGAACAGCAGAAUAUAUACUGCAAUGCAAUUUCUUUUACCACGUUGCGUGACGCUCCUCAACUCCAUUUCAUCAACAAAACAAAAACAAUAACAGCGGCAGUGGGGCUUACAGUGGCGCUGUUUCCCCUACUGCGGAUUCCAUCUUUAUUGAUAUACUAGAAUACCUGUUCCCACUCAGACUAUUUAGUUGAGAUUGUUUAGAUUGCAGUAGAGAUUAGAUUGAAUUAUUCUGAAUUAUUCUUUUGAUGUAUUUUAUAGCACAAUGACAAUUAUAGAGAUUGUAGUCGAGAUUUGAUUGAACCCUAUCUUGAUGUAUCAUUAUUAUAGCAUAAUGACACUUAGAGAGACUUGUCCCUUCUCAGGAUUUCAUUGUGAUUGCUGUAGCUCCUGAGAGAAGGAUACAGUGACAUACAAUUCUCCAGAGCAAACCUAAUUAUACUGUAUUUCUCUCCAUUAAUAUCCGAUUCCUCCCAUCAGAUCGAUUUCCUUUGACAAGCUAACGGAGAGAAAUAGAGGCAGAAAGCACCUUUUAAUGAACCAUUGUGACUGUGUUGUGACAGUGUUAUACAUCAGAUCGGAAGGGAAAGACUCUCUCCUCCUCUGAGUCUGUCUGCCAAAUCUCUCUCUCUCUCUCUCUCUCUCUCUCUCUCUCUCUCUCUCUCUCUCUCUCUCUCUCUCUCUCUCUCUCUCUCUCUCUCUUUCUCUUUCUCUCUCUCUCCAUGUGUGUCAUCCGAACUGAUGGUUUUGGCUCUGUCUCCCGCUCUGCUUAGUACAGGCAGACAGCUGAGUGCUAGCCAAAGACACAAAUGAAAUAAAAGCUCUUUAGUCUCAACGGCUAUUCUCUCUCUGGUGACACUAAGGGCUAAUUGAGAUCAAAGUUGUAUUGUGAAUUUGGAUAUUGGAGUUAAGUGAAUCACAUAUUUUCUCUCUCUCUAUCAGGUUCUGUGUCAGUCAUGCUUCUUAUCCUCUUUUCUUUCGUUCUCUCCUUCUCUUGUUCUUGCUUCCUCCGGCAAGAGUAAAAUGGGGACACAUGAAUUGAAAGAGUGCGGCAGAGAGUCUAUUGGUGAAGUUAAACAGCCAUAUUGGAUUUACUGAAAGUUUGCACCUGUUAUUUUUAACACAGGGAGUUGAAGAUAAAGUGGUAAAACAAAAGAUUAAAUAAAGAUUUCUUUGUUGUUUUGUCUUUUAUUCUGAUUAUGAAAAUAGCAGGUGCAAUGCUCUGCUCACAGGUGCAAACACUUAGUGAAUCUGGCUCAUAUUCCUAUAUCGCUCUGGGAAGUUGAUACAGUGCCAAAGUCAGUCUGACUAUUGUUUAGUUAGAUUGGACAGAAACGGUCAGGGUCAUGUGCGUCCCUCGCCUUCGCAACCAUGAAAAACACUUUCAAAUGACAGCUAGCUACACAUCAUACAUGUUUUUGUUUAUAUUGAAUAGUUUCUCAAUGAUAAAAAAUAAUGCAAGUGAUUUAUACUGCACAACUUUAUGUUUAUGCAUUGUUUAACGUACUUAGGGUAUGCAAAUUCUCUUGUCCCAGCAGUGACCUAGUUGUCACGACUUCCGCCGAGGCUGCCUCCCCUCCUUGUUCGUGCAGGUUUCGGCGUUCGUCGUCACCGGCUUACUAGCUGCUGCCGAUCCAUUUAUCAUCACUCCACUUGUCUUGUCUAAUUAAUCACACACACCUGGUCCUUAUCCCCAAUUAGUCAUUGUAUAAGUGUUCCCUCUGCUUCCUUGUCUGUGUGGGUGAUUGUUUGUAGUGAGCUGUGCCUGAGUUUUGUUGUCGCAUGCUUGCGCAACUGUUUAUCGACGGAAUAAACUCUUUGGAUGCGUAUUACUCUCCUGCGCCUGAUUCCUUCUAUCACACGCAUCACAGAAUCACCCACCCGUUUAUCGAAGGACAACAUGGUGUCCCGGCAGGCUAGCUCCCGUCGGACGUCCUCCUGCAGAUGGCACCGGAAAUGGUCGAUCAGGGCCUCCAACGCGGCUCCUCCUUCGUUCCACACUGCGUUGGCCCACUCCAGGGAUUUCCCACAGAGGCAGGAAAUGAGGACGGACACCUUCUCCCACUCCGAUGGUGCCGGCCUGAUGCUGGCGAAGUAAAGCUCCAAUUGGAGGAGGAAUCCCUGGUAAAGCGCCGCUGUCCCCUCAAACGCCCGUGGUCGGGAUAUCUGGAUCUCUCCUGAUAUCCCACCUUCUCAUGGCUGCAGAGGGCUCUCACAGGGUGGUCGUGUGAGUGUCAGGGUAGGUGUCUAGAUGUUUCCGUUGGUGCAUCCACGGUGGAAAGUCCAGAUAGUAUCUCCACCAUGCGCAUUCCCUCCGAAUACCGUGAUCUGGCGCAAGCGUUCUCUAAAACGCAGGCGACUAAGUUACCACCUCACCGGGCGGGGGAUUGCGCGAUAAACCUCAGGGUAGACGCUGUACCUCCCAGGAGUCAUAUAUACCCCCUGUCACAGGCGGAAACGGUAGCUAUGGAGACAUAUGUCACCGAGUCCCUGCGUCAGGGGUAUAUACGUCCCUCCACUUCACCCGCCUCCUCGAGUUUCUUCUUUGUGAAGAAGAAGGACGGCGGUCUGCGCCCGUGCAUUAAUUAUUGACCACUGAACAGGGAGACAAUCAGAUUUAGUCAUCCUCUCCCCCUCAUUCCUUCAGCGGUUGAAUCGAUGCAUGGGGCGCGCUUCUUCACCAAAUUGGUUCUCAGGAGUGCAUACAACCUGGUGCGUAUCCGAGAGGGAGAUGAGUGGAAGACAGCAUUCAGCACAACCACGGGGCAUUAUGAAUACCUGGUGAUGCCCUAUGGUUUGAUGAAUGCUCCCUCAGUUUUCCAGUCCUUUGUGAAUGAGGUGUUUCGGGACAUGCUUGGUCGCGGUGUAGUGGUCUACAUCGAUGACAUCCUGGUGUAUUCCGCUACUCGCACUGAGCAUGUGUCCCUGGUUCGCAAGGUGCUGGCCCGACUGUUGGAGAAUUACCUUUAUGCUAAGGCAGAGAAGUGUAUGUUUUUCCAGCAGUCCAUCUCCUUCCUUGGAUAUCGCAUUUCCACCUCAGGGGUGGAGAUGGAGGGAGAUCGCAUUUCAGCCGUGCGUAAUUGGCCGACUACAACCACGGUUAAGGAGGUGCAGCGAUUCCUAGGCUUUGCCAACUACUAUCGAAGGUUUAUCCGGGGCUUUGGCAAGGUCGCAGCUCCCAUCACAUCCCUGUUGAAGGGUGGGCCAUUCCGGCUCCGCUGGUCUGCUGAGGUGGUUCUGGCCUUCAGGAGACUGCAGGGUCUGUUCACCUCAGCUCCGGUACUAGCCCACCCCGAUCCAUCACUACCGUUUGUAGUGGAGGUGGAUGCGUCCGAGGUAGGGAUGGGCGCUGUCCUAUCCCAACGCUCUGGCACGCCACCCAAGCUCCGCCCCGUGCCUUCUUCUCGAAGAAGCUCAGCCCGGCGGAGCAGAACUACGACGUUGGUGAUCGGGAGCUGUUGGCUGUUGUCCGAGCUUUGACCGUGUGGAGGCAUUGGCUCGAAGGGGCGAAACACCUUUUCCUCGUCUGGAUGGACCACCGUAACUUGGAGUACAUCCGGGCAGUGAGGAGGCUGAAUCCUCGCCAGGCGGGCCCUAUUCUUCACCCGGUUUGAUUUUACAUUGUCAUACAUUCCGGGUACGAAGAACGUACAGGCAGACACACUGUCCCGGCUGUAUGACACAGAGGAGAGGCCCAGAGAUAACACCCCCAUACUCCCGGCCUCCCGCAUUGUGGCGCCGGUAGUAUGGACGCGGAUAUAGAGCAGGCAUUACGCACAGAUCCAUCUCCACUGCAGUGUCCAGCUGGGCUGCAGUAUGUGCCUGCUCUUAUCCGUGAUCUUCUGGGAACACACGUCACCCUCCUCUGGUCACCCAGGUAUCGGUCGUAUAGUGCACUGCCUGAGCGGAAAAUACUGGUGGCCUACCUUGGCUAAGGACGUGAGGGUGUACGUCUCCUCCUGCUCGGUGUGCGCCCAGAGUAAGGCACCUAGGCACCUCCCAGCGGGUAAGCUACAACCUUUACCUGUUCCACAACGACCAUGGUCUCACCUUAGCAUUGAUGUUCUGACUGAUCUUCCCCUCUCCCAAGGUAACACCACCAUCCUGGUCGUUGUGGACCGCUUCUCAAAGUCCUGCCGCCUCCUUCCUCUGCCCGGUCUCCCCACGGCCCUGCAGACUGCGGAGGCCCUGUUUACUCACGUCUUCCGGCACUACGGGGUACCAGAGGAUAUAGUGUCUGACCGAGGUCCCCAGUUCACGUCCAAGGUCUGGAAGGCAUUCAUGGAACGUCUGGGGGUCUUGGUCAGCCUGACCUCUGGGUUCCAACCCGAGAGUAAUGGGCAGGUGGAACGGGUAAAUCAGGACGUGGGUAGGUUCCUGCGGUCCUACUGCCAGGACCGGCCAGGGGAGUGGUUUGUGUUCUUGCCAUGGGCAGAAUAUACCCAGAACAAUCUCUGCCACUCCUCCACUAACCUAACGCCUUUCCAGUGUGUUCUAGGUUACCAACCGGUUCUGGCACCGUGGCACCAGAGCCAGACCGAGGCUCCUGCGGUGGAUGACUGGUUUCGGUGCGCAGAGGAGACGUGGGAUGCUGCCCACGUUCACCUCCAACGCGCCGUGCGUCGUCAGAAGGCCAACGCUGACCGCCACCGCAGUGAGGCCCCCGUCUUUGUACCGGGGUAUCGGUUCUGGCUCUCGACCCGGAAUCUGUCACGACUUCUGCCAAGGCUGCCUCCCCUCCUUGUUCGGGCAGGUUUCGGCGUUCGUCAUCACCGGCUUACUAGCUGCUGCCGAUCCAUUUAUCAUCACUUGUCUUGUCUAAUUAAUCACACACACCUGGUCCUUAUCCCCAAUUAGUCCUUGUAUAAGUGUUCCCUCUGCUUCCUUGUCUGUGUGGGUGAUUGUUUGUAGUGAGAUGUGUGUAGCUCGGUUGAGCUACCCUUACCUUGUUGUUGCCAGGGUAGAUAUUUCUCCUGUGCCUGAGUUUUGUUGUCGCAUGCUUGCGCAACUGUUUAGCGACGGAAUAAACUCUUUGGAUGCGUAUUACUCUCCUGCGCCUGACUCCUUCUAUCAAACGCAUCACACCAGUAGAGUUGUAGUGACAUGUUUUGGGGAUUUAGAGAUAACUAUCUAUUAUCAUGAAUGCUAGAAAGUAAACAAAAGUAUUUUAUAUAUUGUAUAGAUCAAUAACCGUAUCCCCCCAAUAUAAUGUGUCCCUUAGUUUUGUCAUUGGUGUUACCGCCUUAAAAUCACUUAUUACAAAGAUAUACAAGGACCUUGUGUAUUGCUUCCAGUGGCAAACUGUUAUUGGGGGAGGGGUCUAUAUUAAAAACAAUUAUUAGCUAAUCACACCCUAUUAUUAUGUAAAAAAAUUGAGGAUUAUUUAGAUAAUUUGGUGUCCAAAUCCAAAGUGUCACAUGGUGUUACUCAAUUUAAAUGAAGGGAAUUUACAUUGUGAGCAAAAUGAUUCAUCAUAUCACUUUAAUAAAUCAUUUUUCAAGGAUUAAUGACCUUAGAUUUGAGCAUCUGUGGCCUCCAUUUUUAAGAAAAUCCUAAUUUACCUCAAAUGUGUCAUUGGUGUCACUACUCCUACUGGUGGCACAAUGUUAUCAUAAUGGUAAACAUGAUUUAAAGUCAUUAAGAUGCCAUAUUAAUUGAUUUAGAAUGGGAAGAUGUACUCAACACAUUUACCGAAAUACACAUCUAGAAAAAUGACGUUGCAAUUCAAGAACGACCCGUCAACAUAAUCAUCAAGAAUCUUAAUAUGAACAAGUUUUUGUUUCAUGUAACCCUCUUGGACCUGCAAUGAACUCCAGGUUAGAGAUAUCCUAUGUAUUUCUCUCAAUUUCCAUGUAUGUCUGACCUCACAAGUUACAUUUGUUCCUGUCUGGUUCCAGAGACAACGUGGGAGAGACCUUCCAGUGUACCUGGGACCCCCAAAACCCCUCUGAAACACAAGAACUCAAUACCUACAGGUACUGAAGCAACCUCUCUCUCUCUCUCUCGUUCUUGCUCUUUAUCCCCCCCCUCUCGCUCUCACUCUGUCCUUGACUCCCUCUCCCUCACUCUCUCUCCCUCUCUUUCUCUCACUUUUCCUCCUUUGCCAGUGUCCUGAGGGUUGUACAUAGGCCUACCGCUGUGUGGCAGCACGCAGAGAAUUCCAGAGGCCUCACACACGCACACACACAUUUCAUGUGGCUAAUUUGAUCUGCAAUCUGGAGUCGUCUGGGUGCACAGUACUCUGCUCUUAAGAAGAGAUAACAAUAACAUAUGAGCAAGCUGACUGCUCAGACAGGUUUCUCUUGAAGAAGAGAUUGAUAAUCUCAAGGGAACACCAGGGUGAAAACUGGUACAAGAUAGAAAGAACAAGAUUAACAGAAUUUAAUUGCAUUGAAUGUUAGCCUGCACCUCAUUGUAAGGUAUAAGGUAUAGUUGUAAGUUAAGGACUGGGGGCCUGUUUCAAUUAGGCUGAUGAACUCUAGCCUUUGGGGUCUCCAAACGUUUGCUUGCUCAGGCUGAUCGGCCAAUGGAGUCUAGUUUCACUAAACACAGCGGGGUAUCUCAUCUGGACUGCAUAAUAAUUCUCUCCAACACAUGCACUGACAUGUAGUCUCGCAAGCCGCCUGAUCACGUAAACACACCUUCAAAUAAACACAUGCAAACAUUGCACACACACAUGCAGAGCAACUCUCCCAAAUAAUAGCUAAUUGUCCUUGCCUGUGUACCAGAGGACAACCCAGGCUGUCUGGACUCAGAGCUGUGUUUGUUGAGGUGCUCGGUCUCUGGUUUCCAGUAACCGCCCUGCUAAAGACAUUAAACAAACAAAAGGACAAAGAAGAAGCGAUUCUCUGAUAGCUUUGUUUGAGUUACAAAGAUAAGUGAAUUUACCCCCGGCUCAGAUAUACAGACAACUCAUAGGAGGCAAACACACAUUAUUCCUCCUCCGCAGGCUCUGUGCUACAAAUUUAAUUCUCUCUCUCACUCUCUCUCUUUCUCGCUCUCUCGCUCCCCUGCCCCUCUCUCUCCAUCUCUCUCCCUCCACAGUGAAUGGGUUUCACUCCAGUGGCAGUACGUUGCAUCAGAAUGAACACUCCCACGUCAGUCUGGUCAAAAAGCCCAGUUCCGAACCACAGGUAAAACUGCUGUCCUCCUCCCUCCUCCCUUCUCCUCUUCCUCCUCUUCCUCCUCCUCUCGUUGCUCCAGUUAAGGGCUUCCCCAUGAACCCCAUGAACCCCAUAUACUUAUGUUCACACAGAAGAUAGGCAAUUCUAUUUCUUCAUAUUACGUUACACCACCAACAGCCACCACCACGCUAACACACAGUGGUAGCCAGUCAACGAAAGCAUUUAGCAGUGACUGCAAUCUUCUCUGUAUGAAUAUACAGUAGAAUCAUCAUGUUGCUGACAAAUUGCUUUACUUGUGUCCUUUUAUCAAAACAGUACUAUGCAGAAGCUAUGCCAAUAGAUAUACUGUACAGUAAUAGCUUCAAACAGCAGAUUUCUCCUAUGUACAGUAAUGCCAUGGUUACUGGUGACAUGGUUACCCAAACUCCUUAACACACACACACAAAGACUCAGAGGCAAAGACCGACACGUGCGCGUGUACGCAUAUACACUACCUCGUCAUCAUGAAAUGAGAUAAUGAUACUCAUUACCCCAGGAAAAGAGAGCAGUUUCUCCAUCCUGAUUCCUUUCAUUAUCUAAUCCUCAGAUCAUAAUUAGGAGAGCACUCAUCAUCGUUCAGACACACACACACACCAUACACCCCACCACUACCCAGCUCCUCUCCCUCCUCCUUUAACUCCUCCUUUAGCUACUUUAACCCCUCCUUUAACUCCUCCUUUAACUCCUCCUUUCUUUCUAUUGUUCUCUUUCAGAGAGGGAGAGGAGGUGUGGUGCAUUCCGUACUUUGUCAAUAAACCCUCUCCCCUCCCUUCCUCCUCCUCUCCUUCCCUCCUUCUCGCCAGCCCUGUGUCUUGCUUCAGUGGGCAUGGUAUGGACAGUGGGGGAUGUGCACUCUCUCUUUCACUCUUUCUCUCGCUUUCUGUGUCUACCUUUUUUAAAUCGACCUCUACCCCACUCCAUCUCAUUACUCCCACUCUUUCUCUCCACACACACACACACACACACACACACACACACACACUCAGAUUGCUCAUGCGAUGACAUAUUCUGAGCCGAAGUGCGUUCACACACACACACACACAGACAUCCAAACGCACGCUGCUCUGCGCUGCAGAAAUGCCCCCCUACUCAGCACACACACACUCACACACACAGUAGCCGAAGCGGAGGCAGCGCACAGACAGUCACUCCCAGAGAGCUCCAGCAGCUCCAGUGUGUGUGAGUGGGUGUGUGAAUGUAUGUUAGCCAGAGACCAUGUCGGACAUAGAGGAAGGUUUUGACGGAGCAUCCUGUCUCUCUCAACAGCAUCCAGGUCCUACAUCACCCACCAGGAGACAGAGCAAAGAGACUACCAUCACAGUGAGUACCACUACUAACACUAUCCCAGACCCUACCGCUAACACAAACCCUAACACCGACCCUAACCCCAACAUGCAUGGGCAAUACAAUGUUGCAAAAUCUAAUUGAGGAUGUUAGGAACUAUUGAGACAGAGGACAUGAUUUAGAGACUAAAAUUGCUUUGAUUUCAAAAGUGGAAUGCAAUGAGUUUAUUCUAAUUCUGUGAUGUCAGUGUCGAACAGAAUUGAAUAUUCACAUUUAGAAUUUGUAAAAUAGUUGUAGAAAUUCUGGAAACGCUGAGACCUGAGCAGAGGUGAAGGAGUGCACAGGGGUUGCAGGGGAGGGAACGACGCUGCGCUCCCUGUUCCUACAGCAACCAGGGCAAGGCUAUUGAUUGGCAGAUGUUUGUGAGAGUGAGAGUGAGAGAGUGAGAGAGAGUGAGAGUGAGAGAGUGAGAGAGAGUGAGAGAGUGGAGAGAGUGAGAGGAUGAGAGCGAGAGAGCGCUCCUCUCCUCUCUCGCUCGGCUCGCUCCUCUCUCUCUCUCUUCCUCUCGCUCUCUCCUCUUCUUCUCUACGCUCCUCUUCUCUCUCUCUCUCUCUCUCUCUCCAUCGCUCUACAGCUCUCUCUCUCUCCCUCUCUCUCUCUCUCUUCUCUCUCCUCCCCUCUCCUCAUCUCUCUCUUCACUCUCUCCUCUCCUACCGGAGAGAGAUCCAGUCUAUUUAGAGUCCUCAGCUAAUAACCCAUGUCAGGGGUUAAGGGAGUCGUUGAUAGAGGUCACUUAAAGGAUCAUUAGAAAGUGAUGGAAGCCAGAUGUGGGUGUUUUAGCUGCCUUGUGUGAACUCUCAUCUGAAGUCAGGAAUAGUGAAUAGAGGACUAUCAACUUUAUCUUCAUCAUCAAACCCUUUCCACUUGCAAAGGGGGCAUGCUCAGUAGUGGAUCCACACACGCAUGUGCGCACACACACCUCCAGCCCCCCGAGGCGGAGUUGUUUUGCUGCUGGAGGUAAUGAGAGUAAAUGUGAGGGGAGAUAACAGUCCUAUUGUCAGCCCUGGAGCACCAGCCUUUCUCAGCCCCACUCCGGGUGCUAACAGUUGGAACUGACAGCCACACAGGAGACCUGCUGUUACCACUGCCUGCCUCACCGUGUGUGCGUGUGCAUUUGUGCGUGCCUGUGUGCCUGAGAGAGAGGAGAGAGAGAUGACAAUACACAACCCUCAGGCCCUGUACAGCAGCAAGAGAACAGAUAGAGACGAGACGAGCAGGGAGAUAGUCGCUCAGCCAACGGAUUUAACAUCUAGAGGAGAGAGAGAAUUACAACAGACUGUCAGGACUGUUCAAUGAUAAAUGCUGGUGAUAGGGAAAGGUUGACAGUUUGCGUGUCUGCAAAUAAAAAAGAGUUGACCAAUUCAAGGAGCGAUAUGAAGUCAAUAUGUUACUUAGUCUUUUAUUCUCGGAACUGAGGAGAUGAAGUGUUGCCAGAGCAACAGUGGCAGAGCACCUUGAAUAGUAGCAUCAGCAGAGUUGGACAGUUACUGUCUGCACAGUGUGCAGCUCCACAUCUUGCACUUCUUAUUGCUAAUCUCAAUGUAGCCCUUCAUGGCUUAGACUCCUCAGACCCUUGCAUACCAACUCUAAUUUAUUAAAAUAAAAUACGAUGCACAAUGGAAAAAUGAAUCUCCUCCUCUCUCCCUCUCUCUCUCUCUCUCUUUUUCUCCCUCUCUCUCUCUCCUUAUGUCUCUCUUUCUCCAUACUCCCCCCUUUCUCUUCCUCUCUCUUCCUGUCUCGCUCUCUCUCUCUCUCGAUCUCUCUUCCAGAUUAACUGUGUAACGUUCCCCCUUCCUAUGAGUAUGCCUGAGCAGCAGCUGCUGAAGCCAGAUGAGUGGAGCUACUGUGAUUACUUCUGGGUAAGAGACAAAGACUGGCCGCACCACAGAGUCAUAUUAAACUACUCUAUACUACACUACACUACACUACUCUACACUACUCUACUCUAAACUAAUCUACACUACACAACACUACACUCUUAGAAAAAAAGUUGCUAUGUAGAACCUAAAACGGUUCUUCGGCUGUCCCCAUAGGAGAACCCUUUGAAUAACUAUUUUUGGUUCCAGGUAGAACCCUUUUGGGUUUUAUGUAAAACCCUUUCCACAGAGAGUUGACAUGGAACCCAAAAGAGUUCUACCUGGAACCAAAUAGUGUUCUCCUAUGGGGAUAGCCGAAGAACCCUUUUGGACCCCUUUUUUCUAAGAGUGUACUCUACACUACACUACACUACACAACACCACACUACUCUCUACACUACACAACACUGCACUACACUACACAACACUACUCUACACUAUACAACACUGCACAACACUACACAACACUACACUGCACUGCACAACACAACACUACACUACACAACACUACACUGCGAUACACAACACUACACAGCACUACACAACACUACAUUGCACUACACAACACUGCACUACACAACACUACACUACUCUACAGUACACUACACUACUCUACAGUACACUACACAACACUACACUACACAACACUGCACUACACAACACUACACAACACAACACUACACAGCGAUACACAACACUACACUGCGAUACACAACACUACAUUACACUACACUACACAACACUGCACUACACAACACUACUCUACAGUACACUACACAACACUACACUACACAACACUGCACUACACAACACUACAAAACACUACACUGCGAUACACAACACAACACAACACUGCACUACACUACACUACACUGCACUACACAACACUACAAAACACUACACUGCACUACACAACACAACACAACACUGCACUACACUACACUACACUGCGCUACACAACACUACACAACACUACUCUACUCUACACUAUUCAACACUGCACUACACUACACAACACUGCACUGCACUACACAACACUACACAACACUACACUGCGAGACACAACACUACACAACACUACACUGCGAUACAUUACACUACGCUACACAACACUACACUGCAAUACACAGCACUACAUUACACUAGACUACACAACACUGCACUACACAACACUACACAACACUACACUGCGGUACACAACACUACACUACAUUACACUGCGGUACACAACACUAUAUUACACUACACUACACAACACUGCACUGCAAUACACAACACUACACUGCGAUACACAACACUAUAUUACACUACACAACACUACACAACACAACACGACACGACACAACACUACACUGCGAUACACAACACUACACAACACUACACUGCGAUCCCCACACUACACAACACUACUCUACACUAUACAACACUACACAACACUUCACUGCACUGCACUACUCUACACAAAACUACACUGCAAUACACAACACAACACUACAUUACACUACACUACACAACCCUGCACUACACUACACUACACUACACUACACUACACUGCGGUACACAACACUACGCAACACUACACAACACUACACUACACUACACUGCGGUACACAACACUACACAACACUACACUGCGAUACACAACACUACAUUACACUACUCAACAAUACACAGCACUACACUAUACUACACUACAUAGUCCUUGAGGACCACAGUUCUGCUGGUUUUCAUGUCCCCUUGGUAUGAAUAAUCAAUACAUUACUACCCUAACUGUCCGGGCAAGAAUAAUAAAAAAUUUAAAAAACAUUCAGACACUGCAGCCUUCAAGGACUGGAGUUGUGCUGCCUUGCCUUAGACUGCAGUCCACAGCUCUUCCAUAUAGACUGCCGUGCGAUGCACACUUAGAAACAGGACACUUUACAGCUUCGGCAGCGUAAGGCUACAGAGAUGUAGUAGAAUAAAACAUGACGUAGUGAGAGAGACCAUGCUCAAUGCAUCUGUUUGGCUCUGUUUUCAUUUCUCCCACGGCUGAAACGUAAUCACCACCAGGUGUGUUCUCAGGUUUUAACGCUAACUGUCAGACUGGGCUAACAUUACACUUUGAGGUGACAACACCGGAAGACGCUCGUAAAGAAAGAGUGGAUACCAUACACUGAGAGUGACAGUUUUCACUGAGACACAGAGGAUCAGAUUUAAACAGGUUGCCAAGUAUUUAGUACUCCCUGCGGUGUGUGAAAUGUAGACUUUCUAUAACAUUGGCUGUGGUGCUGUAGAAUGGAUCUGCAGUAAAUAUGGCCUGGUAUUUUCCCAGCAAUAUAAUACAAUUAAUAACUGUAUGAAUGAAUGCAUACUAUGCAAUACAGUACAAUACAAUACUAUACUAUACUGUACUGUACAAUACAACACACAACACAAUACAAUACAACCCAUCAGUGAAUUUAUUUUACAAUAAUGGUCAUAUUAUUUGUGGAUUGUUUGUUGAUUUACAGUAUGUUACACUAGAUGUUGUUGUACAGUAGUGUGUAUUUAUGUUGUUGUUGUUGUGUAGGAGGAUAAGAAGGACUCUCAGGGGACAAGCUCUAUCUCAGGGUUUGAGGUCUUGCUGCAGAAACAGCUGAAGGGGAAACAGAUGCAGAAAGAGAUGGCCGAGUUUAUACGAGAAAGGUAACUACAAAAUCCCAUUUCAUUAUCUCAGCUGAUUUGUCAACAAUCCUGGUCAGACCAAUGUUUCACAACUCAGCAUUUUCAUGUUUGACACAAUGUGUUGGAAAACCAUGCAGUGGAAGAUAUGAUUUCUUGAAAUACAUUUCCUUUUUUUUGCACAGACGUGCACUUUUCCCUUUUGCGCAAAACAGGAAGUGUUGCAAUUAUGUGGUAACAAGCAACUUUUCACCAUCCCUCUUUCAGAAUAAAGAUAGAGGAGGAAUAUGCCAAGAGCCUCUCCAAGCUGUCACAGAUUCCCCUUGCGGAACAGGAAGAAGGGUGAGUAAGCAGUUGCAUCACUUCCUGUGGUGGUUCCUUGAUAAAGAGGAACCUACAUGUACACUGAGUAUACAAAACAUUAAGAACACCUGCUCUUUCAAUGACAUAGGCUGACCAGGUGAAUCCAGGUUGAAAGCUGUAGAAGAAGGGGAGGAGACAAGUUAAUGAAGUAUUUUUAAGCCUUGAGACAAUUGAGACAUGGAUUGUAUAUGUGUGCAAUUCAGAGGGUGAAUGGGUAAGACAAAAGAUUUAAGUGCCUUUGACCGGGGUAUGGUAGUAGGUGCCAGAUGCACCGGUUUGUGUCAAGAACUGCACCGCCGCUGGGUUUUUCACACUCAACAGUUUCCCGUGUGUAUCAAGAAUGCUCCACCUCCUAAAGGACAUCCAGCCAACUUGACACAACUGUGGGAAGCAUUGGAGUCAACAUGGGCCAGCAUCCCUAUGGAACGCUUUUGACACCUUGUAGAGUCCAUGCCCUGACGAAUUGAGGCUGUUCUGAGUGCAAAAGGGGGGUUGCAACUCAAUAUUAGCAGUGGUGGAAAAAGUACCCAAUUGUCAUACUUGAGUAAAAGUAAAGAUACCUUAAUAGAAAAUGACUAAUGUAAAAGUGAAAGUCACCCAGUAAAAUACUACUUGAGUAAAAGUCUAAAAGUAUUUGGUUUUAAAUAUAAUUAAGUAUCAAAAGUAAAUGUAAUUGUUAAAAUAUACUUAAGUAUCAAAAGUAAAAGUAUGAAUAACUUAAAAUUCCUUAUAUUAAGCAAACCAGAUUUUCUUGUUUUGAAAAUGUACGGAUAGCCAACACUCAGACAUAAUUUACAAACGAAGCAUUUGUGUUUAGUGAGUCCGCCAGAUCAUAGGCAGUAGGGAUGACAUACAUUACAUUUACAUUUUAGUCAUUUAGCAGACGCUCUUAUCCAGAGCGACUUACAGGAGCAAUUAGGGUUAAGUGCCUUGCUCAAGGGCACAUCGACAGAUUUACACCUAGUCGGCUCGGGGAUUAGAACCAGUGACCUUUCGGUUACUGGCACAACGCUCUUAACCACUAAGUUACCUGCCGACCAGAGAUGUUCUCUUGAUAAGUAUGUGAAUUGGACCAUUUUCUGUCCUGCUAAGCAUACAAAAUAUAACGAGUACUUUUGGGUGUCAGGGAAAAUGUAUGGAGUAAAAAGUACAUUAUUUUCUUUAGGAAUGUAGUAAAGUAAAACUUGUCAAAAAUACAAAUAGUACAGUAAAGUACAGAUACCCCAAAUAACUACUUAAGUAGUACGUUAAAGUAUUUUUACUUAAGCACUUUACACCACUGAAUAUUAGGAAGGUGUUCAUAAUGUUUGGUAUACUCAGUGUAUGUGUCACAGCUGGAAUAGUUGUGGUCUGUCGCCUCACUCACACACUCUGCUCGGAAGAUAUGGCACAAUACAAGAAAAUCUCUCUGCGUCAACAAUUUUAAAGAUUCCAUGUCCAAAAACAUUUCAGAGAUUAUGCAAAUUAUUUGCCAACUCCUAGCUAACUACUAGACAAUUCCUAGCCAACUCUUGUAGAUAUGAAAGGAUUUGAUGGUUGUACAGUUUAGACUAAGAUGGUGGAGACUUUCUGAUAAAACAAUCAUAUAGCUAAGAGCAGGAACACUAUGUUUAUUGUUGGACUGGACAGCAGGGUACCAUGGUUCCUCUCCCAUUAGGGUGGUAUGGGACCAUAUCAGCCCAGACUCACUGGUGAGCCUGAAACUGGUGAGACUGCAUGGAGGCCCAGCCAGUCAGUAGAAGCUGUGAAACAGGAAGUGUGGUCGUCCUGUAAAUCCCUACAACUUCCUUUGAUCCAGACCCUCCAGACCCCGUCAGACUGUGCCUUUAAACCAUUACAUAUGAGAGGAGGGAGGGAGGGAUAGAUAGAUGGGGGAUUGAUAAAGAGACAGAGAUGGGGGGACCGCACACAGUGAAGGAGAGAGAGGAAGAGAAAGAAAGAGAGUGAAAAGGGGGAACCCUCUUCAGUCUGGCACCACAGGGAAAACUCACGCUGUGAGCAGCUCUUUGUCUGGUACUCCCCUGGUAAAUGGGUUCCUGGGGGGAAUGGCAGGCUGUAUGGUGAGGGUCCUGGGCUAGGCUGAAAGGGAGGGAAGGCUGUAAAAGAACGGCUGCAUAGCACAUUUACUACACAGACAUAAUGAGUCUGGCCACUGUACCAGACUUAACUACAUUACAUGCACUCUAAACACACACUGUGUUAUGAGACUGACCUCUACCAUAUACCUGUACCAGAUAUUGGUCUUUAAGGCUCUAGGAGGGGGUGAGAAUGGAGGUUUCUCAUGCUUCUGCUGCACCAGCUUAUGAGAUGCUUGAUAUAUUGAUGUUUAUGAUACUGCCCUACAGUCAACACUGAAACAAAGAUGGUACGGCUCUUUCCUGCAUUAGACAUAUGAUGCUGGACUACUAAAACCCCUUCUCUGCGUUUUAUACAACUCUGUAUGAGUUGACCUCUCUCCACUACUGUACUGCACCAGUGUUAUUGUGAUAGAAUAGCAGGGUUGGGUGGAAUUGUUUCAUAUAGAUUCUAGAAUCUAGACGAUGCCAGUGAGUUCCAUCCACUCACACCCACCACAUCCAGAGAGAGCAACACAAUACUGUUAUUAUCUCCUCUCUCUCUACCCUGCUCUGUUGUCAGCCUGGCUGCCUGAACAAUCACUGUUUUGUUGUUAGGCUCCUGCCAUGCCUGCAUCCGAGCCCAGAAAUACUGCCUGUUUAUUCCUGAAUUUACCAUUUGUCUGGCCGUAAUGCAGCCCCCAGAGCAUGUGACUAGUUUUUAUCGCUAGAUUCGCUACCAAUCAUGUGCUGUAUUUACAGUGGGCUGGAAAGGAGUGGACACUGGUCGAUUUGUUUCACAAAACUGUAGUUGGCAAAUGCUCUCUGGGGUAUGAAUGCUUUUAGCAGCUGUCUUGAGGAUAUGAGUAUGAGGAACCAACUGUGAAUACGUUUUGGAUCGGUGCCAUUGGGUACUUUUAGUAGCCUACAACACUAUAACCUACCAGUAGAGAAACCAUCUUGGACAGGUCUCUCUUGCAAAAUAAAUUAUUAAUCUCAGUGGGACUUCUUGAUCAGAUAAAAGUUGCAUACAUAAAGUAAAAAUACCUUUUUAGCUAUUUGUUUGUGUGUAUCUGUUCUUAUCCAUCUUGUCUCUUUUUUAUCUAUCUUCUACAGUGAGGGAAAAAAGUAUUUGAUCCCCUGCUGAUUUUGUACGUUUGCCCAUUGACAAAGAAAUGAUCAGUCUAUAAUUUUAAUGGUAGGUUUAUUUGAACAGUGAGAGACAGAAUAACAACAAAAAAAUCCAGAAAAGCGCAUGUCAAAAAUGUUAUAAAUUGAUUUGCAUUUUAAUGAGGGAAAUAAGUAUUUGACCCCUCUGCAAAACAUGACUUAGUACUUGGUGGAAAAACCCUUGUUGCCAAUCACAGAGGUCAGACGUUUCUUGUAGUUGGCCACCAGGUUUGCACACAUCUCAGGAGGGAUUUUGUCCCACUCCUCUUUGCAGAUCUUCUCCAAGUCAUUAAGGUUUCGAGGCUGACGUUUGGCAUCUCGAAACUUCAGCUCCCUCCACAGAUUUUCUAUGGGAUUAAGGUCUGGAGACUGGCUAGGCCACUCCAGGACCUUAAUGUGCUUCUUCUUGAGCCACUCCUUUGUUGCCUUGGCCGUGUGUUUUGGGUCAUUGUCAUGCUGGAAUACCCAUCCACGACCCAUUUUCAAUGCCCAGGCUGAGGGAAGGAGGUUCUCACCCAAGAUUUGACGGUACAAGGCCCCGUCCAUCGUCCCUUUGAUGCGGUGAAGUUGUCCUGUCCCCUUAGCAGAAAAACACCCCCCAAAGCAUAAUGUUUCCACCUCCAUGUUUGACGGUGGGGAUGGUGUUCUUGGGGUCAUAGGCAGCAUUCCUCCUCCUCCAAACACGGCGAGUUGAGUUGAUGCCAAAGAGCUCCAUUUUGGUCUCAUCUAACCACAACACUUUCACCCAGUUCUCCUCUGAAUCAUUCAGAUGUUCAUUGGCAAACUUCAGACGGGCAUGUAUAUGUGCUUUCUUGAACACCUUCAUGGUGUAGUGUGUUACCAAUUGUUUUCUUGGUGACUAUGGUCCCAGCUGCCUUGAGAUCAUUGACAAGAUCCUCCCGUGUAGUUCUGGGCUGAUUCCUCACCGUUUUCAUGAUCAUUGCAACUCCACGAGGUGAGAUCUUGCAUGGAGCCCCAGGCCGAGGGAGAUUGACAAUUCUUUGGUGUUUCUUCCAUUUGCAAAUAAUCGCACCUACUGUUGUCACCUUCUCACCAAGCUGCUUGACGAUGGUCUUGUAGCCCAUUCCAGCCUUGUGUAGGUCUACAAUCUUGUCCCUGACAUCCUUGGAGAGCUCUUUGGUCUUGGCCAUGGUGGAGAGUUUGGAAUCUGAUUGAUGGCUUGCUUCUGUGGACAGGUGCCUUUUAUACAGGUAACAAGCUGAGAUUAGGAGCACUCCCUUUAAGAGUGUGCUCCUAAUCUCAGCUCGUUACCUGUUGAUUGAGAGGGGGUCAAAUACUUAUUUCCCUAAUUAAAAUGCAAAUCAAUUUAUAACAUUUUUGACAUGCGUUUUUCUGGAUUUUUUAUUCUGUCUCUCACUGUUCAAAUAAACCUACCAUUAAAAUUAUAGACGGAUCAUUUCUUUGUCAGUGGGCAAACGUACAAAAUCAUCAGGUGAUCAAAUACUUUUUUCCCUCACUGUAUCUCUUCUCCGAUGGCUCUGAAGGUAGCUGAAUUUAGUAUAUUAAAGUGGAGAUGGCAGAGCUGAGAGCAGGCAGAGAGCAGCACCCCGAUGUUGUAGGAAUGUAGCCUGCAUGGGUGUCAGUCAGAGAGAAUUCCACACGUCUUCCAUUCAGAGCGGUGCUUUGAUGUGACCUGGUUAGUGGUAAAGAGGCUAAAGACCCUCAGCCCCUCUCCUCCCCAGCUACAGACCCAGAGCCUGCAGUGCCUCGUGGCUGUAUGAGUCUGCUGCUGGCUCACUUUAUGGCCCUUGGAUAAAUAUUCUGCUAAUAUUUGGAAUGAAGGACUCAAGAUUUAUGUUCAGAGGACAAGAGGUUGCAUAGUACUCAAGGCUAGCCUGGCGUCUCACUCACUGAUGUACCAUGGCUUUGAAUUUUCCGCAAAUUUCUGCUAGGAUAUGAAGACUUUUUAACAACAUAUGGUUCCCUCUGCUAUGAUCAGUGUUAAUGUUGGUGUUCACUCACCUUUGUCAUUAUUUUCUGUAGGUAUGAUUGAUUAGAUAUAAAUUGACAAAGCAUUAAUUUGUGAACAUUAAUUAAAGAUAUAUUAUACAUUUUCCCACACUGCACUAUGGUACAGAGAUUAAACAGUUCACUUGCAGAAUGUAAGGAAGGGUUUAGCUUUAUCUCAUAUCCUCAGUCUAUACAUCCUAACCAGACAGUAAACUUGCCGAGGACCAGGCACAGCUGUGAGAUGGACUGCCUGCUGGGUUAUAUACUGCCUAUGAACUUUUACACUGGACCUUCAGUUGAACCUCAUCUCUCUCUCUCUGUUUGGCAGGAUCCACCCUGACACUUCUCAUCUUUUCAUUCCCUCUCCCGCUUUCAUUAUCUCUCUUACUCCUUCCUUUCCUCUCUCUCUCUCUCUCUCUCCUCCUCUCCCUCUCCUCUCUCUCUCUUCUCCUCUCUCUCUCUCUCUCUCUCUCUCUCUCUCUCUCUCUCUCUCUCUCCUCUCUCUCUCUGUGUAAAGCCUGUGUGGUCUUAGCUCUUGAUGUGAGUGGUACUUAACUCCUACAGGAUGUGGUCCUCUCACUCCUACCCUUCUUUCUACUAUACCCCCCCCCCCCCCCCCCCCUUCUCUCUAUCUGUCUCCUAGUACUCUGUGGUGUCAUAUAGUGAUAGUGUGGUUUCUCUGUGGUCUAAAACGUUAUCUCUCUCCUCAGUACUCUAGGGGAAGCCUGGGCUCAGUUGAAGAAGAGUUUGGCUGAAGAGGCUGAGGUUCACCUCAAGUUCUCCUCUAAGGUAACACACUUGACUGUAUACUUUACUCAAAUAAUUAUAUUCCAUUAAAUCUAUUGUGUUGAUCCUGAUUUAAGGUAUAGGAGAACAUUUUAAAAUGUUAGUCUUUCACUGAGUGUCUUGACAUGACCUCAAUUCACUGUACAGUGUAUUUAAUAUUGUGUACCAUGGUUUUGUAAGACUUAAUUGAGGCCUAUUUACUCUCUGGGGGCCCUAUGCUGCGAAUUAUACAUGUAUGAUUGGGUUUGUCGAGAGAGAGAGAGAGAAGAGAGAGAGAGAGAGAAUAGAGAGAGAGAGAGAGAGAGUAGAGAGAUAGAGAGGAGAAGGAGAAAGGGGAAAAAAGGGAGGAGAGCAAAACCGGGAUUUUCCCAAGCGCGGAAGGGAAAAGGGGGAGUGGGGCCCCCCUAUUAAUCUCUCUUCUUUUUUCCCCUCCCUUUUUUCUGCUCUUCCUCUUCUCUCCCCUCCUCUCCUUUCUUUAUUCUCUCUCCCUCUCUUUUCCCCUCCCUCCUUCUUCCCCUCUCUUCCUCUCUCUCUCUCUCUUCCCUCUUCUCCUCUCUCUCUCUCCUCUCCUUUUUUUUCCUCCUCUCUUCCUCUCCCUCUUUCCGUCCUUUUUUUCCCCUGGAGACAACAGACAACGAUUCUUUUUCAGUACAGCUUGAGGUUUAGGGGGGAGAAUGAGUAUUGGGAGUGAGAGACUGAGCAGAGAGUAUUAUCUAGGAAAGGGGGGAGAGAAAAUGAAUACAUUUGAAUACAUUCUACAUGCACCUCUAUCUCUUCAAUAGCUAUUUAUUACCCUUAAAUCGGUGUCCUAUUCAAUCCAUUUCAACUAGGUUUCUGGAGUAAUUUAAUCAUGUUUCCUCUUGCAUUGUGCAUUUAAUGAUUUGCCCAUAUCAUUUCUAUAAACUGUUUAUGGGUAGGAGUCUAUCUGUCUCCCAACAGUAAAUAAUAUCCUGGUCCUAAGCAGAUACUCUUCAGUAGAAUCAAAGCAGCUCACAAAUCAAACUCUACAUUGACCUACUUUUAUAUUUUAGAGAGGAGACACAUUUGUGACUAUAAAUCGUUGACAGCUCUGUCAGAUAAACAAGUUUUAUGGGUAAAAAGGGUAAAAAGGGCUUUUGUAAAUAGCUGUCCCUUAGCCACUAUGGAUAUGAGGUACAGGCAUAAAAAACAAGACAAAAACAACACAGCUGUCAACUCAAUACAUCAUUAUUAUAGGAAAGGCCAUGGCCAGCUGUUUUUGCUAACCACAUGACUUAAACAGGAAAAAACCCAGGUAAUGUUAUAGGCCUUCCAAACAGUUGUCUCCAAUGAGGUCUGCAUUUAAACUGUUGUUAUUGAACUCUUUCAGCUCCAGAGUGAGGUGGAGAAGCCUCUGUUGACGUUCAGAGAUAACUUUAAGAAGGACAUGAAGCGGUUCGACCAUCACAUCGCAGAACUACGAAAACAUCUGGUCGGACGACACACAGCCGUGGAGAAGGUACACAUCCUGACGCAACGAGACGCAACAAACACAUACACAUGCAGGCACACACACACACACACACACACAAAUACACACACAAAAAGAUACAUUUACAUUGUUUACAUUUUAGUCAUUUAGCAGACGGUCUUAUCCAGAGCGACUUACAUUAGUGAUACAAAAGUUGACGCAAUAAUAACCGUCCUUGCACUUUGCAGCUGUAGAAUUUCAGGAAUCUUCUCACGUGAUUAACAUUUUUGGGGGGUUUGUAUCAUUUGAUUUACACAACAUGCCUACCACUUUGAAGAUGCAAAAUAAAAAAAAAUUGUGAAACAAACAAGAAAUAAGACAAAAAACGAAAAACUUGAGCAUGCAUAACUAUUCACCCCCCCAAAGUCAAUACUUUGUAGAGCCACCUUUUGCAGCUGCAAGUCUCUUGAGGUAUGUCUCUAUAAGCUUGGCACAUCUAGCCACUGGGAUUUUUGCCCAUUCUUCAAGGCAAAACUGCUCCAGCUCCUUCAAGUUGGAUGGGUUCCACUGGUGUACAGCAAUCUUUAAGUCGUACCACAGAUUCUCAAUUGGAUUGAGGUCUGGGCUUUGACUAGGCCAUUCCAAGACAUUUAAAUGUUCCCCCUUAAACCACUCAAGUGUUGCUUUAGCAGUAUGCUUAGGGUUAUUGUUCUGCUGGAAGGUGAACCUCCGUCCCAGUCUCAAAUCUCUGGAAGACUGAAACAGGUUUCCAUCAAGGAUUUCCCUGUAUUUAGCGCAAGCCAUCAUUCCUUCAAUUCUGACCAGUUUCCCAGUCUCUGCCGAUGAAAAACAUCCUCACAGCUUGAUGCUGCCACCACCAUGCUUCACUGUGGGGAUGGUGUUCUUGGGGUGAUGAGAGGUGUUGGGUUUCCUUGAUGGCCAAAAAGCUCAAUUUUAGUCUCAUCUGACCAGAGUACCUUCUUCCAUAUGUUUGGGGAGUCUCCCACAUGGCUUUUGCCGAACAUCAAAUGACUCUGGGGCCUUUCAGAACAGGUGUAUAUACAGUCGUGGUCAAAAGUUUUGAGAAUGACACAAGUAUUGGUCUUCACAAAGUUUGCUGCUUCAGUGUUUUUAGAUAUUUUUGUCAGAUGUUAGUAUGGUAUACUGAAGUAUAAUUACAAGCAUUCCAUAAGUGUCAACGGCUUUUAUUGACAAUUACAUUAAGUUUAUGCAAAGAGUCAAUAUUUGCAGUGUUGACCCUUCUUUUUCAAAACCUCUGCAAUCCACCCUGGCAUGCUGUCAAUUAACUUCUGGGCCACAUCCUGACUGAUAGCAGCCCAUUCUUGCAUAAUCAAUGCUUGGAGUUUGUCAGAAUUUGAGGGUUUUUGUUUGUCCACCCGCCUUUUGAGGAUCGACCACAAGUUCUCAAUGGGAUUAAGGUCUGGGGAGUUUCCUGGCCAUGGACCCAAAAUGUCAUUGAUUUGUUCCCCGAUCCACUUAGUUAUCACUUUUGCCUUAAGGCAAGGUGCUCCAUCAUGCUGGAAAAGGCAUUGGUCGUCACCAAACUGUUCUUGGAUGGUUGGGAGAAGUUGCUCUCGGAGGAUGUGUUGGUACCAUUCUUUAUUCAUGACUGUGUUCUUAGGCAAAGUUGUAAGUGAGUCCACUGCCUUGGCUGAGAAGCAACCCCACACAUGAAUGGUCUCCAGAUGCUUUACUGUUGGCAUGACAAAGGACUGAUGGUAGCGCUCACCUUGUCUUCUCUGGACAAGGUGUUUUCCGGAUGCCCCAAACAAUUGGAAAGGGGAUUCAUCAGAGAAAAUGACUUUACCCCAGUCCUCAGCUGUCCAAUCCCUGUACCUUUUUGCAGAAUAUCAGUCUGUCCCUGAUGUUUUUCCUAGAGAGAAGUGGCUUCUUUGCUGCCUUUCUUGACAUACAAGCUCUACACUGGUGGUGCCCCGAUCCCGCAGCUGAAUCAACUUUAGGAGACGGUCCGGGUGCUUGCUGGACUUUCUUGGGCGCCCUGACGCCUUCUUCACAACAAUUGAACCUCUCUCCUUGAAGUUCUUGAUGAUCCGAUAAAUGGUUGAUUUAGGUGCAAUCUUACUAGCAGCAAUAGCCUUGCCUCUGAAGCCCUUUUUGUGCAAAGCAAUGAUGACGGCACGUGUUUCCUCGCAGGUAACCAUGGUUAACAGAGGAUUAACAAUGAUUUCAAGCACCACCCUCCUUUUAAAGCUUCCAGUCUGUUAUUAUAAUAUAAUAUGCCAUUUAGCAGACGCUUUUAUCCAAAGCGACUUACAGUCAUGCGUGCAUACAUUUUUACGUAUGGGUGGUCCCGGGGAUCGAACCCACUACCUUGGCGUUACAAGCGCCGUGCUCUACCAGCUGAGCUACAGAGGACCACAGUUUUCUAACUCAAUCAGCAUGACAGAGUGAUCUUCAGCCUUGUCCUCGUCAACACUCUCACCUGUGUUAACGAGAGAAUCACUGACAUGAUGGCAGCUGGUCCUUUUGUGGCAGGGCUGAAAUGCAGUGGAAAUGUUUUUUUGGGAUUAAGUUCAUUUUUAUGGAAAAUAGGGACUUUGCAAUUAAUUGCAAUUCAUCUGAUCGAUCACUCUUCAUGACAUUCUGGAGUAUAUGCAAAUUGCCAUCAUCAAAACUGAGGCAGCAGACUUUGUGAAAAUUAGUAUUUGUGUCAUUCUCAAAACGUUUGACCACGACUGUAGAGGACCGUUUCCUGUCAACACACACAAACACACACGCACACACAAACACUACCUCUUUGUGCUUCUAUAAAUAAUGAUUGGACCGAUCCCUUCAGCUACCAUAGACCUGUCAACUCCUCCACAUCAGUCAUCUAGACAUUCAUAAUGCAUUUCACACAAGUGGCUAAUAGAAAGUAAUAGCCUACUGCAGGGUAGGCAACCCUGUUCCUGGAGUGCUGCAGGUACUGCAGGAUUUUGUUCCAACAAGGCACCACACCUGACCAACUGAGCUAAUUGACCAACUGAGCUAAUUUCAACACACCUGGUCUUCCAGGUCGGUUAAAUCAAAAACAUGAAGUGCCUGCGGUACUCCAGAACCAGGGUUGCCUACCCUUGGCCUACUGCAAUACCCUGCGGUAUGUCCCCAUUCACUUUGUUAUAAGCGUUCAUAACAGCUUAUAUCAAUGUUAUGACAGCCUUUAUAACAUCUGAAUACAUCUCUAGGCUUGUAAGGCUCUAGCGGACAGACAGAAGGACCUGGAGGUGAAGACCCAGCAGCUAUAUGCAUUCAUAACAGCUUAUAACAGCUUUUAUAACAUGUAAAUAUAUCUCUCUAGGCCCGUAAGGCUCUAGCAGACAGACAGAAGGACCUGGAGGUGAAGACCCAGCAGCUGGAGAUCAAACUAAGCAACAAGAUCGAGGAGGACAUCAAGAAGGCCCGGCGGAAAUCCACACAAGCAGGUCAGAGUCCAGGUCAAAGGUCAAUCCAAAGGUCAUCAGUCACUGUGGGGUUUGCCAGUGGGGUCAAAGGCUCACAUGUUUGUUAUAACUGAUGGGGGUGUCACUAAUUCCGUCCCCAUCUGGGUGUCUGAGUAUUUUAUCUGUACAGAUGACAGGUUAUUAUAGUACAAAUCUGACCAAGUGAGACUAGGGUGUAGCUAGCUAACACCUAACUUUAAACAAAAAGUUGUUUAUGACUUGAUAAACAGACACUCUAAACUUUAUACAAACAGUCAUCAUGAAUGUGCUGCCAGUGUUAUGUCCAAUGGCAUGUUGCCGUGGAGACCGAGUACACAUGCAGAAUAGCAUAAAUAGCAAUUAACAAGAAGAAAAGGAAAGUUCCUAUAAGAAAGCUCUUGAAGCUGGCAAAUGUGCAAUGGAACAGAAAGGUGUCUUGAGGCUUAAUCUCAUUCCUCAGGUGCGUUUAAGUGCCUCCUUGUUUGACUAUCAGAUGGAGAUAGAUUAAACCACAUGCUUUGCAGUGCUAUCUAUACAGUAGACAUUUAACUGUGUAUGAGUCACUGGUUUAUCAGCAGUUUCACUGAAGCUGGGGGUCUGUGGAACGACAUGGAGAACAGAAAGGGAGGGAGGGAGGGAGGGAGGUAGAGGGAAGGAGAGGGGGAAGGAGAGGGAGAGAGAGGGGGAAGGAGAGGAAGAGGGAAGGAGAGGGAGGGAGAGGGGGAAGGAGAGGAAGAGGGAGAGGGAAGGAGAGAGAGGGAGAGAGAGGAUGUGUGUAGUGUAGACAAAAUGUAGUUUUAAGGUUAGAGAUUUAGAAAAGUAACUGUUGAGAGUAAACAGAUGACGACCUCCUCCAGUGUGACAUCAUCUCUGGACCAUUCACUCACGUCAUGGAUCGCCAGAUACUCACAGUGAGGGGUGGAUAAACACACACACUCGCAGACUUGCACACACUCGCACACCCACUCACCCACGCACGCACGCACUCACACACCACACACCACACGCCACACACUCACACCUCCUCUUUGCUUACGUAAUCUGUGUGAAAAACAGCAGCAGUUGUUUGUGAUGAUGAUGACAGUGUGUGUGCCAGCUAUGACAGUCGUGUGAAGGAGGCAGAGAGGACAGAGAGCGCGCCAACACACAACACAAUGCAUCUGCUUCGCCUUUAGCAAGGCUACAUUCUCAGUCCCAGUCUCCCAUAAAUCUGUUCUCUACCCUGACUAAAGGCAAUUCAUUAAACACAAUGUACUGUAUCUCUACAAAUAUAUACUAUUACUAAGUCUUAAGGGAAUUAAACACUGUGUAGGAUAAUAGGUUUAAACAUGCAUUUUAGGAUAAUCUCAGUGUCUACAUUCAGGCAAUAAAUGAUGAAACAGAGAAGUUGGGAUUGUCAGGGAGAGAAGGGAAGGGAUUGAAAAUCACUGUCUUGGGUUAGUCACAUAUCAGUGUAAUUUCUAUCUGAUUUUAUUUUAUGAGUAGGAUAUGUUAGGCUACAUACAUGUUCUUGUCAGUAUGUAUUACACUGUAAUUAGAAUGUAUCAGACUGCACUGUGUAUUAGAUUAUUCAUAUUAGAUUAUCUGAUUAUCUAUAUGUUAGGAAGAGUAGCUGCUGCGUCAGGGGCUAAUGGGGACCCUAAUAAAAUACUACAAAUAAAAUACUAUAUAACACUGAAAUCAGAUAUAGAUUAAUUUAUAGCAGGUUGUUUUGCAAUGUGAGCCUUAGUUAUUGUUUUUUUUGUUGGCGCUAACGUUCAAGGAGAAGAAGGAAGAGGGGCGUUCUCUUCUGUAAAUUCAUAUUUGGACUGUGACUCCCCCUGCUGGAGAGGUUAUUGAACAACCGUUUCAUAUGUCAUAAACCAAGAAAUGAGAAAGGUGUUAGCCAGUGUCCAAAGUACAGAUAAGUUUGUCUAAACAUAAUUUUUUUCUCUACCAGGAGAUGACCUGAUGCGCUGUGUCGACCUUUACAACCAGUCCCAGUCCAAAUGGUUUGAGGAGAUGGUGACCACAAGCCUGGUAAGACUCUUCUCCUGUAGUUCAUAUUCUCCUUUGUAUUUCCUCCUUUUAUUUAUAGUGACUCUGUAUGUAACUUAAUGCUUUGGUAGCCUGGCUGCUAGUCUGUUUCUACUUCAGCCAUCUUCAGAAACAGUGAGGCUGGCUAUCGAGGCUUUGGUUUUAACUACAGAAAGGAUGAAUCUGAAUCAUGUAAUCUAAAACCCUGUUCCCUUCAAUCCGUUCUGUCCAUCAGGAGUUGGAGAGGCUGGAGGUAGAGAGGGUGGAGAUGAUACGACAGCAUCUGUGUCAGUACACCACCUUGCGGCAUGAGACGGACAUGUUUAACCAGAGUGUAAGUCAAGCACUACCUCGUAGUACCAGUAAAGGGCACUAAAUGCCUUGUUUUUUUUCACACACACACACAAACAUACAGGGUAUUGACUGUUUUUCCACCUGUCCCUGCAGACGAUGGAGCCGGUGGAUCAGCUGUUACAGAGUGUGGACCCAGCUAAAGACCGAGAGCUCUGGGUCCAGGAGCAUAAGACAGGAGACAUCAGGCCUGUGGACAUUGAGAUAUAA